ACACAUCUUUAAUGAUGAUGAGCAGCUAUACAGGAAAAAACAAGUACAUUUUGGUGCAGAAGUACUGGAGAUAUAUAAUAGUUGAACAUCCUGAAUGAUUAUUCACUUGCGAUUUGAAUACUAAUCUUGUAACAAGCGUGCACAAAAUGAUCAGCAACGUUUUCACUAUUUUCUGUGUUGCAGUGUAUGCUACUAAGGCUCUGCCCCAAUAUUCAUACACAUCAACCGAUCCUAUCCAGCAAAAGUUGCAAACUUUGGGCCUGGUAAUAUCGGAUACAUUCGACUACAAUUCAUUUAUCUUAAAUUUGGAGGCGAUAGUAGAAGAAUCGCAGCAAGUGGCAUUAUUGGCCAUUAAAGUAUCGGUCUCUUUAGCUCAGCAAUUUGCUAAAGGGCUAGACAUUUAUGGAGGAUACCAAAACAUUCAACAAAUCAAUAACAUCCAAAGCAAUCACUUCAGAAAUUUGGAAUCGAUGAGACACGAAGCUUUCACUCAAAGCAUUGAUAUUAGUUCAUGUGUCUAUUCGGCAAUUCACCAAAUUCACACUCAAUCUCAAUCUUCCAUUGAAGAAAUUGAUAAUAAAUUGGACAGUAUCAAUGAGGUAUUUGACAAUUAUACCACAGUACACUUCGUGGAACCUUCAAAGACUAGCCUGGCAAUGACCUACACAAUUCGAGAAAGAAUCUACCAAUGCCCUUUCAACUUUACCGAUUUUUCACCGUUUUAUCUUUGCCUUACAACGGCUGCCGUACUGAACGAUAUUGUAAUGCUUAACGAAUUUGCAACUAACUAUAACGAUACCACGUCUAAAGUCAAAGCACUCAUCACGGAAUUUGAAUCUGCAGUCUUGUUUUGGCAAGCAAAGAACGUGGAAGAGUUCAAGACAACAGCACAGUCCAUAUAUGAUGAUUACUUUGUACACUGUGCUGCCGAUAAAGGAUAUGUUGUAUAAAAUAUUGAGUGAAUUUGAACACAAGUCUUAAAGUGGAUGUUUAAGCUUUAAUAGCUCUUAGUUCUUCGAAUAUUUCGUUAUGUAAAUAGUAUUAUGUAUGUAUAACAGUCAGCCUUUGUUCUAGAAGGUAUAAUUUAUUUAAAAAUUUGCAUUCGCAUUAACCAGGUAACAUUGUAAAGGAAGCACCCGGUUUGUUAAUCAAAAGUGAUCGUGAUUGUAUUGAUAAGUAUUAUUAUGUAUAUGUAUUAUGAGCAAUAUCUAAUAAAAUGUAAAAAACCGCA